AUGGCCUCUCUUCACUACCUUCCCCCGGUCAAGCCAUCCGCCAUUGCGCUCGGCACCGUCUUCAACCACGCCGCAUCCCUCGCCAUCCUCGGCCCACUCUUCGGCGACACCUACCGCCGUGCGCAGUCCGCCAACUCUGCUGAGGAGUUCCUCAAGUCCAAGGAGGCUGCCUCCGCCGGUGCUGCCUGGGGUACUUCCCUUGUCGGAUCUGCCAUCCAGUCGUACGGUGUUGGUGCUCUGAUCAACGCUACCGGCACUCUCUCCUACAAGGGCGCCGCGUACCUUGGUGCUCUCAUCUUCUUCGCUUCCUCCGCCCCAUCGUUCGUCUCCCAGGUCAUCACCGAGAAGCGUCCUCUUGACACCAUCGCUGUCGGCGCUCUUUCACGCACCUUCGAGACCGUUGGCCUGUCCCUCUUCCUCACCUGGUGGGGAACCCGCACCAACCCACUCAACUAG